AUGAUUGAUCAAUUCAUCAAUUUCAUUAUUCGGCCUCCCAGGGCUCAGUAUAAUCCAGAUCAUUACCUAUGGGAAAAGGAAUUCAUCCUUUCAGGAAAAAAAUACCAAAGGAAGGAUUUGGAGCUCAAGAAUGCUAGAGGAUAUACUUUGCAGUGUAGUCAUUACCUCCCUUUUUCUGUCCCGGAAGAUAUUUCUCUUCCUUGUGUUGUAUAUUGCCAUGGAAAUAGUGGAUGUAGGGCAGAUGCCAAUGAAGCCGCUGUGAUUCUUCUUCCAUCAAAUAUUACUGUUUUUACGCUUGACUUCUCGGGAUCAGGCUUAUCUGAUGGUGACCAUGUUAGCCUUGGUUGGCACGAAAAAGAAGACCUCAAAAUGGUGGUGUCGUAUUUAAGAGAGGACAAACAAGUAUCUCGUAUAGGUCUCUGGGGACGAUCAAUGGGUGCUGUCACUUGCCUUCUUUAUGGUGCUGAAGACUCUUCUAUUGCUGGAAUGGUGUUGGAUAGCGCCUUUUCAAACUUAUAUCGCUUGAUGAUGGAGCUUGUUGAUGUCUAUAAAAUUCGACUUCCAAAGUUCACUCUCAAAAUGGUUGUACAAUACAUGCGGCGGGUUAUUGAGAAGAAAGCAAAGUUUGAUAUUAUGGACCUUAACUGUUUGCAGGCUGCACCGAAGACAUUCAUUCCUGUUUUAUUUGGACAUGCUAACGACGACGAUUUCGUUCAUCCUCACCAUUCUGAUCUCAUUUCUGAAUCCUAUGCGGGAAAUAAAAAUACCAUAAAAUUUGAGGGUGAUCACAACUCUAUUCGACCACAGAUCUUCUACGAUUCAGUUUGUAUUUUUUUCUAUAAUGUCCUCCGCCCUCCUCACAUUCCUAAAGCUCGUAGAUUUGAGAAAUAUUACAGUAUGAGGGAUACAAGAGUUGGUUCUGCUGUGGACGAGGACGUAUUAUAUGAUAUAGUCUCUAGUUUGCGGUCUUCAACUAUUGAUGAUGCCGCUUCAUCUUCUGCUUCUACAACCAUUUCAAAUUCGAUUCUAUCCUCAAAGUCUGAGAUUAGAGAAGAAACAACACAUGGCUGUGGGGAACCUGUAGAUUCAAAGGAUGAGCCAAAUUCUCCAACUGAAGAUUAUUUCUCAUAUUGUGGCUCAACAAAAGAAAGCUGGGGUGGUGAUAAUGAUUCUGAAGUAUUUGCAACACCUUUGGGAAGUAUGAGAGAGACACUCGAAGAACAAAAAGGUGAAAAGAAUCAAAAGAAGAAGAAGAAGAAAGCCGAAACAGUCGGAAAGAAACUGAAACCAGACAGGUUUGAGAAGUUGGAGUCCAUUAGUCGACGCCUGCGGCUCUGCAUUUUGAAGGGAUAUGCCCAUCGAAGACACCAAUCCUCUUGA